AUGGUUUCAUUGUAUUUUGAAAUUCGUUUCAUAGAUUCAUUUAAGUUUCUUCAAACAUCACUUGCUAAUCUUGUUUCAAAUUUACAGCCAGAUGAUUUUCAUAAUACCAAACGAGAAUUUAAGAAAAAUGUAGAUUUAGUUACUCGUAAGGGAGUUUAUCCUUAUGAUUAUGUUUCAUCACUUGAAAAACUAUCCGAAACACAAUUACCACCAAAAGAAGAAUUUUAUUCGAAACUAAACGACGAAGACAUAACCGAAGAUGAUUACCAACACGCAAUAAACGUGUGGAAUACUUUUAAAUGUAGAUCAUUAAGAGAUUAUCUCGAUCUUUACCCAAAGUCUGAUGUCCUACUUUUGUCAGAUGUAUUUGAAAACUUUAGAAAAACUUGUCUAAAACAUUACAAGUUAGAUCCAGCACAUUAUUACACAUCUCCAGGUUUAGCUUGCGAUGCUUGUCUGAAAGAAACAGGGAAGGAAUUACAGUUACUACAUGAUUAUGAUAUGUUAAUGAUGAUUGAAAAAGGUAUUCGUGGUGGAAUAACACAUAUAUCAAAAAGAUACGCAGAAGCGAAUAACAAAUACAUGAAAACUUAUAAUCCUUAUGAGGAGUCCUCCUUUAUUCAAUAUCUUGAUGCAAACAAUCUUUAUGGUUGGGCAAUGUCUCAAUCACUUCCAACACAUGGAUUUAAAUGGAUGAGAAACCUAACAAAAGAGUCACUAAUGGAAAUCCUAGAAAAAGUAAAUCAUAGUAUGUCGAAUCGUGGAAGAAAAGGAUAUAUAUUUGAAGUUGAUUUGGAAUAUCCUUCAUCCUUAUGGGAAAAACAUAAUGACUAUCCUUUAGCUCCUGAAAAGUUAAUUGUUAAUGGCGUUGAAAAACUAAUUUGUCAUUUUAAACCAAGAAAAAACUAUGUUGUUCAUUAUCGAAAUCUUAGACAAUAUCUUGAAAUGGGAAUGAGAAUAACUGCGGUUCAUAGAGGAAUAUCUCUUUACCAAAGACCUUGGAUGGAACCAUAUAUACGCAAAAACACUGAACUUCGAAAAACAGCAGCUAACAGUUUUGAGAAAGACUUUUUUAAACUUAUGAAUAACUCAGUGUUUGGAAAAACAAUAGAAAAUAUAAGGAAAAGACAAAAUAUAGAACUCGUUGAUAAUCGUAAGAAAGCUGCUAAACUAACAAGUCGUCCAAACUUUGAUAGGGCUACGAUAUUUGAUAAAAAUCUUAUAGCAGGUCAUAUGAAAAAAACCGAAAUUUAUUUUGACAAACCAGUAUAUGUUGGUCAAGCAAUUCUUGAUUUAUCAAAAACAUUAAUGUUUGAUUUUCAUUAUAAUUACAUCAGAAAGAAAUACAAAAAUAAAGCCGAAUUAUUGUUUACAGAUACAGACUCAUUAAUGUACCAUAUUCACACAGAUGAUUUUUACAAAGAUAUAUCACGUGACAUAAAAAAAAAGUUUGACACGUCUGAUUACCCACCCAAUCAUGAAUCUGGAAUACUGACAGGAGUUAACAAAAAAGUAAUUGGGAUGUUUAAAGAUGAAGUAGCAGGAAAACAAAUAACUUGUUUUGCUGGAUUACGACCAAAACUUUACAGUUUUAGAAUAGAAGAGGAUAAAGAGGUGAGAAAAUGUAAAGGAAUAAAGAAAAAUGUUGUGAAAAAGAAAUUAGAUUUUGAUGACUAUGUUCAAUGUUUAUUUUCAGGUAAAAAACAAAUGAGGAAAAUGAAUAUAAUAAGAAGUGAAAAUCAUGAUAUAUAUUCAAAAGAAGUUAACAAAGUAGCUCUAAGUAAUGAAGAUGAUAAACGUGAAGUUCUUUUGGGUAAGGUAAAAACGAUAGCUUUAAGAUAA